CCGGGCAAUACAGGUGAAACCAGCGGACAGCGAAAAUAGAGGAGAUCGGAAGCUGUUCGUGGGCAUGCUCAGCAAACAGCAGACGGAGGAGGAUGUGCGUCAGCUGUUCACGCCCUUCGGCACUAUAGAGGAGUGCUCCAUACUCCGUGGCCCCGACGGCUCCAGUAAAGGUUGCGCGUUCGUCAAGUUCAGUUCACACCAGGAAGCGCAAGCAGCCAUCACAAGCCUGCACGGGAGUCAGACUAUGCCAGGCGCGUCCUCGAGCCUGGUAGUAAAGUUCGCGGACACGGAGAAGGAGCGACAACUUCGACGCAUGCAGCAGAUGGCCGGCAACAUGAGUCUGCUCAACCCCUUCGUGUUUAACCAGUUCGGCGCGUACGGCACUUAUGCGCAGGUCAUCACCGAACAAGUUGACUUACAGCAACAGGCAGCGCUGAUGGUAGCGGCGACUGCGCAAGGCUACAUCAGUCCCAUGACAGCGCUGGCGUCCCAUGCCCUAAACGGAAUGGCCAACUCCGUCGUACCACCGACCUCUGACAACUUUACCGGGCUGGCGAUAGGCACAGGCGCCCAGCCUCUGAACGGCGCUCUGCCGUCGCUGCCGUCGCCCACUAUGCCGGGCUUCAACAUGGCGGCUCAGACCGCCAACGGUCAGCCACCGCCGCAAGAGGCCGUCUACACCAACGGCAUACACCAGACCUUCACUGGACCGGUGCCAGUGACAGCGCAGGGCAUCCCCAACGGCGAGGCAGCGCUGCAACACGCCGCCUACCCCGGCAUGCCGCCCUUCCCCGGAGUCGCUUACCCAGCGGUUUAUGGGCAGUUUCCGCAGCCGAUCCCACCACCGAUGCCGACCAUAGCGCCGGCACAGAGAGAAGAUUUUCUCGUGUUUCCAGGCUGCUCCAUCUCCGGCCCCGAGGGCUGCAACCUCUUCAUUUACCAUUUACCGCAGGAAUUCGGCGACGCGGAGCUGAUGCAGAUGUUCCUCCCUUUCGGAAACGUGAUCAGUAGCAAGGUCUUCAUCGAUCGCGCCACUAACCAGAGCAAAUGUUUUGGCUUCGUGUCGUUCGACAACCCGGCGUCGGCCCAGGCGGCAAUCCAGGCGAUGAACGGGUUCCAGAUCGGCAUGAAGCGGCUAAAGGUGCAGCUGAAGCGGCCCAAGGACGCACACCGGCCUUACUAACCCAUGACGCCGUCCCCGCGCGCGCACGCAAUGCCCAAGGUAAUACAUGCCUUACAUCCAGGCGAUCAACGGGUUCCAGAUCGGCAUGAAGCGGCUGAAGGUGCAGCUGAAGCGGCCCAAGGACGCACACCGGCCUUACUAACCCAUGACGCCGUCCC